AUGGAAAUUGUGGAUAACUGUAAACAAGGACAAAUGAACCAUGAUAUAUUGGAGCCUUCCGUUGUAGAUCAGCUAAACCAAACAGAUGCUGAGUUACUAAACUUGCUUAGCACCGAAGAAGAAUGUUCUGCCAUUCUGCAAAACAUUGCUACCAAUGAACAAUUCCAGCAGUUAAUGAACAGUGAGCCCAGUUUUGUGGAAAACAUUGAAAUUGACCCUUUUAUUAGUAGUAAACAAUGUGAUAUUAAUGUUAACGUUUCUCGAGAAGACACUGUUAUUCAUAGUAUACCUUGUUUAGAACCAGAAAAUAAAUUCAAGUGCGACCAAUGCGAUAGAAGGUGUAAAACUAAGAAACUGUUGAAAAAGCACCUACUAAUCCACACGCAGGAACGAAAGUUUUCUUGUGACUUGUGUGGAAAAACAUUUAGACAAAGGUAUGAGGUUACUGCACAUAAAAAAAGUCACAACAAACCGACAUUUCAGUGUGAUAUUUGCUCGAAAAUGUUCAUUCAUAAAUCCCAUUUAACAACUCACAGGCGGAAGCAUCUUAACGACUUUGUAGCUUUUUGCGAAGAAUGCCAAAUAGGAUUCGUUACUCAAUCCGCAUAUAAAACUCAUAAAAAUGUUCGGCAUGACAGUUUAGCGCUUAUUUGUGAUAUUUGCGGGGCCAGUUUGAGCACCCCGUCGGCUCUUAAGGAGCACAAGUUUACACAUGAACCAGGUUAUGGGCAAGAAAGGGCUCACGUGUGCGAAGUAUGCGGCAAAAGUUACUUAACGGAGAGAAACCUCCGCAGCCACAAGAAAAUUCAUCAAAAAAUUAAACCGUACAUUUGCCGUAUAUGCGGAAAAUCUGUUAGUAGUAAAACAAUUCUUGAAACGCACGUAAAAAUGCACACAGGUGUUAAGGAUUUUUGUUGCCAAAUUUGCCAUAAACAUUUUGCUUCGAAAGAAUACUUAAUUGUACAUCAACGAAUACAUGGUGGAGAUAAACCAUACGAAUGCACGUUGUGCGGGAAAAGGUUUACGCAAAAAACAUCUUUGACUGUACAUUUAAGAUUUCAUACGGGAAAAAAACCAUACAAGGUUAAUAUUAAUGCAAUUGAAUACAACGAUGUCAAAGAUUCUGAAUAUAGUAAAAAUUCAUCUUACCAAUGUAAAUUAUGUUCAAAAUCAUUUUCUACAAAAAGUGACUUUCGCAACCACAACCAUCUGUCCUUUAAACGAUUUUUGUGUGAAAAUUGUCCAAAAACUUUUAAAACCAAUAAAGAACUAAAAAAUCACAUGAAAACGCACGAUGAACGCAGAAAAAAGUUCGAGUGUCACUUUUGUAACAAAAUUUUAUCGUCAAAGGGAUGUUUAAAAACUCAUAUUAAAAGACACAACAAAGAAUUCAAUAUAAAAUGUGAAUAUUGUGAGGCAGGAUUCUACUCAAACCACGAGUAUUCACUGCAUGUUGGUGCAAAACAUGGCCAAAGCGAUUUCGUUUGUGAUAUAUGCAACAAAUCGUUUUACGACAAAAAUUACCUCGCCCAACAUAAGCUCACACACGAAGAAGGUUACAAGCUGCCGAAAGUUAAAUGCGAGAAGUGUCAGAAAUGGUUUCUAUCGGAAAGACUGUUAAAAAUUCACGAGAAAAGAUACCACUCCAAUAUUGAUAUAAAGCAUAUCUGCGAUAUUUGCGGGAAAAAAUUAUGCUCCACUACAAGCCUUAAAAAUCAUCUUAUAGUUCACCAAGGACUGAAACCGUAUGUGUGCCAAGUGUGUUGUAGAGCUUUUGCAAACAAAACCACAUUAUCCGUUCACUCCCGAACGCAUACAGGAGAGAAGCCAUACAAGUGUCAAAUAUGUGGGAAAACUUUUUCGCAAAGCAGCGCCCACAAAAUCCAUCUCAAGAAGCAUCGCGGCGAAAACAACUACAUGUGUCAGAUAUGCAAUUCAUCGUUUGUCACAAAGGCUGUAUUAAAGUUUCAUAUAAAAAGUAAACAUAAUAUUGUUAUGGAUGGAUUAGAUUCAAAAUAA